UUUUUGUUUGAUGAUAACCUAUUAACUUGCAGAUUACCCCCAAAGCUAUGUGCUGGCAUCAGUGUGGUGAGUAACCGAUACAAACAUAGCCACUGGGAACACCAUGGGGAUGGAUCAAGCAAAGGACAUCGGGUAUAUUUGCAGAACUCUGCUGUUGCAGGUUUGAUUGGGGUAGGGGCUGGAGUCGCCCUGUGGCUCAACUCUCAUCAUUCUGCAGAAGCAGCCAGUUUACUCACAACAGACCAAGAGGUUUCUUCCUUUGGGGCUUAUCACGAUGGUCUACCAGAAUACACACUCGACGAGGUGUCCAAACAUGCAACUAUGAAGGACAGGGUGUGGGUGGCAUAUCGACAUGGGGUUUAUGACAUUACGGAUUUUAUCCAAGAACAUCCAGGUGGAGACAAAAUCCUGAUGGGUGCAGGAGGUUCUGUUGAACCUUUCUGGGCCCUGUAUGCCGUUCAUAAGAACCCGCAUGUGCUAGAGUUGUUCGAGAAGUACAGGAUUGGAAACUUGUCUUCAAGUGAUGUUGGUGCUCAUGUGAAAGACAUGGAUGACCCUUACGGCAACGAGCCUCGUAGACAUGUCGCCUUAAAGCCUUCAUCAAAAAAGCCUUUCAACGCUGAACCUCCUCUCGUCUUGCCGGACAUGAUAUUGAUCAAGGAAUGGUACACGCCCCUUGAAAUCUUCCAUGUCGCGAUUGCACGCAAUGCAACUAUUCUAUAA